GGUGAUAAAUUAGGAAAAGUAGUUCAUAUAAUCCAAUCUCGAGAGCCCUCUCUUAGGGACUCAAAUCCCGAUGAAAUAGAGAUAGAUUUUGAAACAUUAAAGCCGUCAACACUGCGAGAGUUGGAGAGUUAUGUGGCGACCUGUUUGCGGAAGAAACCCCGAAAGCCUUACAACACGAAGAACAAGCAGGCGUUGGCUUUGGCAGCCGCUGCCAAGACUAAGGAGGAACAGGAGAAGAAGAAACAGGAACUCGAGAAGAGACUGCAGGACGUGAGCGGACAGUUGGGGGCGGCGACGAAGAAGGCGCCCAAAAAAGAUCCCUAUGCUUUCACAGAUUCAGAGAACUCACACGCGGCGGAUGUCGGGCCGACGUCACGGCUGUCGGCGUCGAGUUCGAGCUCGAGUGACAGCGACAGUAGCAGUAGUUCGAGUUCCAGUAGUUCUUCUGAUAGCAGCGACUCUGAAUCAGGUUAGGAAUACUCGCAAUGAGACCAUCCCUUAUCAUCAC